AUGAAGGCGCUUGAGAAAAAAUGGGUAACGGGUUAUGAUAGUAACGGUCAACCGAUGACAGCGUUUUACACUUCUUGGUACGAUAUCAAAGGAAAAGAAGAGUCGCAAAACAUUAAAUCAAUGCGAUACUUCCCCGGAAAACUCAUAAAGAAAGAGAACAAGCUUGGGGAAGGAGGACAAGGCUCAGUAUUCGAAUGUCUUUGGCAUGGAAAGCCCUCAGCAGCAAAGUUCAUCAAAAGCAAAGACGUGGAUUUCAAGAAGUACAUCACCUCGAAAGGAAGAAAAGGCGAAAAAGACAUGCGAAAAUUUCUCACAAGUCAAGCAUCGGAGUUCUACAUCGGCCUCAACACUGAGAACCCAAAUGUUCUGAAGAUGUACGACUUUUUCCUCCAGCACGAAAACGGUGCGAAUGAAUUUGUCAUCGUCAGUGAGCUCUGUGAGAAAACAUUGCUGGAAGAAAAAUUCUCGAUGACAAAUCAUGUAAAAUAUCUCAGACAGGUGAAUGCGGCUAUCAAAGCAUUUGGAGAAAAGGGACUUUGUCACAGAGACAUAAAACCGCAGAACAUUUUGCUGAAACGAGACAAUAAUGGCGUCCUCUCAGUCAGAGUUGCUGACUUUGGCUUGAGCGGUUUCUCCGGAGGAACUCCUCUUUACAAUCCUCCAGAAGCGUUGACAACGUCGUAUCCCUACGCUUCAGAUAUUUAUUCUCUUGGAAUAACGGCUCUUUUUACGCUUUUUGAGACAGAGCUGGCAUUCAAGCUAUAUCUCAUGCCUGGAAUCGAUCUUGAUCUGAGUAAAAAACUGAGAAAGCAAGGAAAAGACACAUGUUUGUCAGUAAUUUCUCGAAUGAUCGCCGACGAUUAUAGAUCUCGACCAACUGUGGACGAGAUUGAUCAUUUCUUCAGCACGACAGAGCUGUGGAGAGUCUCUUCUAGCGACUCUUCGAAAAUCACCGCCAAAGAUCUUGGCAUAUCCGACGAAUUGAAUGAAGCCGCACUCUCAUCUAUCGGGAGCGAUAUUCAGCGACGAGCAGCAAAGUACGAAGACAACCCUUUCUCUCGAUUUUUCUUCUCGGAGAGAGUGACAAAAGUAACCGACUUCGAAGGAAUAAAUCAGCUUUCCAAGAUGAUAAGUCAUACGAUUCAUGAUCAGGGUGAUUCGUUCAAAUGUUGGGCAUUCGCGACAGCUAGCAUGAUUCGAGCAUCUCUUCGAGAAGCAAUCUCUAAGUCAAAGAAGAUACUCCAAGCGGAGAAGGAAACGCUUUACGAGGAUAUUAAGUCGAUCAAUCAUAAGCUUUUACGAACGGAGUUGAUGAUGAAUGUCAUCCCAACAAAAGUAAGCGCUAACUCCGACGAUAUCCAGUCAGCGAUGCUUCAUCAUGUAAUGAGAAGACUCACUGAGCCGACAUUUCUUCAGCGAGAAGGAAUCUACAUGCUUGGAACUUUGAGACCAGUCCUCGAAAAAAUGAAGAAUUUCGAGGUGAAGCUUGAAAUGUUUGCUCAUCCGACUGAUUACGACAAAUGCCCGAAAAACUUAUCGUCAAUUCCACUAGUUGGCGACUUUAUCCAUGCGCUGGAUGCCAAGAAAGUUAUCGUUUGCCCUGUCAGAAUGGGUGCAUCUUCCAUAAAACACGCCAUGUGCUUAUUUGGAUUCAACGAGAAUGAUGAGUUUCUGUUCAAAAAUACAUCAAACGAGACAAAAACAGUUGCAAUCCCUCUGACUGCUACCGAACCUAGAAUCGGCUUCCACAUAAGCUUUCAAGAAAAUUACCAAUAA